GUGCGGGCACGAAAGGGUGUUGAGCGGUAUACAUAGCUCUCCAUACACAUUGAGAGCUCAGCGAGAAAAGGAGGGGGCGAGGAAAGGCAGGUUCCGCCUCCCCCUGGCCCGCGUGCACACACGCGCCCACCGCGGCUCGGGCUGGCUGAGCGCGGGCGAGUGUGAGCGCGGGCGAGUGUGAGCGCGAGUGUGCGCACGCCGCGGAGAGCCUCUGCCCUCGCCUCGCACCCUGCUCAGGGCAUCUUGAGAGCCUGGAAACGUGAACAGGCUUAAAGUAUGGCAUGUUGCAAAGAUGGUUUCUGCCAAGAAGGUACCCGCGAUCGCCACGUCCUCCCGGGUCAGUUUCGCCCUCCUGCACUUCCUUUGCCUGGCGGCUUGUUUAAACGAAUCCCCAGGACAAAACCAAAAGGAGGAGAAAUUAUGCCCGGAAAAUUUUACCCGCAUCCUGGACAGCUUACUCGAUGGUUAUGACAACAGGCUGCGUCCUGGAUUUGGGGGUCCUGUAACAGAAGUAAAAACUGACAUAUAUGUCACCAGCUUUGGACCUGUUUCUGAUGUGGAAAUGGAAUACACAAUGGAUGUGUUCUUCAGACAGACGUGGAUUGACAAAAGACUAAAAUAUGAUGGCCCCAUUGAAAUUUUGAGAUUGAACAAUAUGAUGGUAACAAAAGUAUGGACACCUGAUACUUUCUUCAGGAAUGGAAAGAAAUCUGUUUCACAUAAUAUGACAGCUCCAAACAAGCUUUUUAGAAUUAUGAGAAAUGGCACUAUUUUAUACACAAUGAGACUCACCAUAAGUGCGGAGUGUCCCAUGAGAUUGGUGGAUUUCCCCAUGGAUGGUCAUGCAUGCCCUUUGAAAUUUGGAAGUUAUGCAUAUCCGAAGAGUGAGAUGAUUUAUACAUGGACAAAAGGUCCUGAGAAAUCAGUGGAAGUUCCAAAGGAGUCUUCCAGCUUAGUCCAAUAUGACUUGAUUGGGCAAACUGUGUCAAGUGAAACUAUCAAGUCCAUUACGGGUGAAUAUAUUGUUAUGACAGUUUACUUCCACCUGAGACGGAAGAUGGGUUACUUUAUGAUUCAGACAUAUAUUCCAUGUAUUAUGACAGUGAUUCUUUCUCAAGUUUCAUUCUGGAUAAACAAGGAAUCAGUUCCAGCUAGGACUGUGUUUGGGAUAACCACAGUCCUCACCAUGACCACACUGAGCAUCAGUGCCCGGCAUUCUUUGCCCAAAGUGUCCUAUGCUACUGCCAUGGAUUGGUUUAUAGCUGUCUGCUUUGCUUUCGUAUUUUCCGCACUUAUUGAGUUUGCUGCUGUCAAUUAUUUUACCAAUAUUCAAAUGGAAAAAGCCAAAAGGAAGUCAUCAAAAGCCCCCCAGGAGAUCCCGGCUGCUCCUGUGCUGAGAGAAAAGCAUCCUGAAACACCUCUACAGAACACAAAUGCCAAUCUGAAUAUGAGAAAAAGAACAAAUGCCUUGGUUCACUCUGAAUCUGAUGCUGGCAACAGAACUGAGGUGGGAAACCAUUCGAGCAAAUCCUCCACAGUUAUUCCAGGAUCUUCUGAAGGCACAUCUCAGUCUUACUUAGCUUCCAGUCCAAACCCAUUCAGCCAUGCGAAUGCAGCCGAAACAAUAUCUGCUGCAAGAGCACCUCUCUCUGCUCCUCCCUCUACUCCUGGGAGAACUGGGGACGUGCCCCAACAGGCUUCUGCUGGACCUGCUUCUACCCAGCGUGUGUUUGGAUCAAGACUGGAGCGAAUUAAGACCACUGUUAAUACCACAGGGGCUUCUGGGAAGUUGUCAGCAACUACUCCUCCUUCUGCCCCACCGCCGUCUGGGUCUGGCACAAGCAAAAUAGACAAAUAUGCCCGUAUUCUCUUUCCAGUAACAUUCGGGGCAUUUAACAUGGUCUAUUGGGUUGUUUAUUUAUCUAAGGACACUAUGGAGAAAUCAGAAAGUCUAAUGUAAUUUUGUUGCUAGAAUAGUUUCCUAAAAGAUGAUGACCUUAAUACAGAAUGCCUUUUUACAUGUUUUUAAAGAUAAACCAUUAUUCUUUAUUAAAAUAAAAAGCCUAUGUAAUUUUUACAUUCAAAAACAAUCCAAGCCAGUUAUUGGGAGAGUUAAUCCAUCCCUCAGUGAAGAGAGAGUGAGCCAUCUUUCAUUUCAGAAAAAUGAUUUGAAUAGAAUCAAUUCAGCAUUCAAAUUAGAUGAAAUACAGACCAUCCUAGAAAGUUGGGACAAGAGAAAUAGGGCUAUUAGAGAUAACAUGGUUCAUAUUUAUGCAUUGGAAUUUGAAAAUAGACUAUGACAUUUUUAAAUAUACACUAUGAAUAUCAACCAACAACCCUAAAUUUCCCAGUGGCGCUGCCCUUAAUCAGAAUUGUUUAUUGGAUAUCCUAUGCGGUGACCUUUGGAGAUUCUUCUAGUAUCAGCAAGAAAAGGACUUUCUCUGUUACAUGAAACAUUUUUUAAAAGGAAAACGGAACAAAACAAAUACUGACUAAUAGAGUGAAACCUCUGCUGCGUCAAAAAACAAAAACAAAGGCCAGCGAAGACAUGUUCCCUGUCUUAUGUUGGUCAAACAGGACUUAAAACACUUGACUUGAAAAAUCUGUGCUUUGAGCCAAAGUUUAACUCCUUGUAUGAAUUCUUUUUGACAGUAGUUCAUUCAGUUAUGUAUUAUUUCAACAUAUAGUUAUUCAGAGCCUACUGUGUUCCAUGCACUAUGCUAGACACUGUCUCUCUAGGAAAGCUCUUUCACCUUAACCUAUGAUAUUACUUGAAUAGUAGAACAGUCAAUGCAUGCUAACGAACCAUAAACUAGCAGAGAACAUUGCAUUCUUUAAUGGAAGAAAUUUAUUUAGAGUCUGACAACAUAUUGAAAACAUCUGUUUCUCCUAUACCGAUAGAGGGUAACACGUUAGCACAACCUUAGCAAUUGACUUCAAAAUACAUGAAAAUGUGUACAGAUGGUUCUCUAAGUAAGAAGCACUGCCUACCAGAGAAUAAAACUCUAGGCACUGUAAGAUCCUAUAAAUUAUCUGUCUCAAAUUUGAUCAGAAUAGUAGGAUAGAAUUUGAUCAGAAUCAUCACAAUUAGGAACUCAAUACAAGGCCUUUUAGAUGCUUUUCCAAACAUAGAUCUAUUUUGGCUGGUGAAAUGCUAAUCUUCUGGGAAGUUUUUGUGUCUGUAGUUUUGUAUUUCUGGGAAGUUUAGUGUUUUGGGGGGGCAGGUUUUGUACAGUAUCACAACUAGGGUAUUUUAAAAUUAAAAGAGUAGCCGAGGAAUGGAGUAAAGAAGAAAACUCAUAGCCAAGGGGUAGGAUUCUGCUGACUCUGUUAAUGCAAUUUAUCAGGAUUUUCAUGUACUGACUUUUCUUUUUCAUUAGGUAGGCUUAACAACUUAAUUAAAUUUCUUGCAGCUGUCUUAUGACACUAAAUCUAGGUCUAGUUUUUUGUUUUGUUGCUUCCAGAUUUUUCUUCUAUUCUUCUUUUUUUCCUGAUCUAGGUUGUGUGAAUGAAUGUAUUCUGGAUGUUUGGGGGAACAUUUUGAUAAAAAUGGCCACUUUCCAAGCAAAAAUCUCUUAUUUUUAGAAAAGAAAUAUUAAUUAAUUGACAUUAGUCUUUCAGUUAUUACAUUGCCUUGGAAUGAUUGUAUAUGAGAACUGUAAAAUGUGCAAAUGCCAAAUAUUGUGAGUCAUAUCUGAGGAUACCUUUUUUUGCUAUCACUCUAGGUAUAUCCUAGAAUCACUAACAAUUUUAAGGCUGAAAGAUGCUUUAGAAUUCAUCCAAUCCAAGCCCUCAUUUAUAAAUUGAUACCAGUAAUAUGAGGCCAAAUAAAAUUUGUACAUAUGUAAAUAUUUAAUGAAGAGUACUUGUAUAAAAAAGCUUAUCACAAAUUAUUUUAUGAAUGUAAGUAGAUUUCUAGCCUUGAGGACAACUCUUGAAAUUGUGGUUGGAAGCUAUGAUUGUUUAUUAUUCCAAUGAAGAGACCUUAUUUCUUUAGUGAAGAAUAUACUCCUUACUUAUUCAUUGGCCUAUUCUUUUUUUUUUUUUUUUAAUUUUUUUUUUUCCAACGUUUAUUUAUUUUUGGGACAGAGAGAG